ACUUGGCACCUGAUCUCUGAGAAUAUUCCCCACGACCGGGGAAUGGGAUGGGAACGCUGUUCUAACCUACGCCACGUCACCGGUUCCUUCGCUGCUAGUUUACGCCCCCCAACUUCUCAACCACCCAUCAUCUAUAUCUCUCGCCGGCGUCAUCCCGUCCACUCACUUCACUCAAGCCUUCUUCCGAUCUCUUCCCUGCAAAUGCUCUCAGCUGAUUGAGUCACAAUCAUGCUCGGAAAUUCUAGGCCCCGGUGUUGGUUUCUUCAACUUGCAUUUGCUUUCUGCAUAUUUGUUAGCUGUCUGAGAUUUGGAAAUGCGGGGAUCACCAGUACAUUUAUUCGAUCAGAGUGGCCAUCCAUUGAUAUACCUCUUGACCAUGAAGCACUAGCUGUUCCAAAAGGUUACAAUGCCCCCCAACAGGUGCAUAUCACCCAGGGUGACUAUGAAGGCAAGGCCGUUAUUAUAUCAUGGGUAACACCUGAUGAGCCAGGGCCCAAUAGUGUACAAUAUGGUACAUCAGACAAUAGUUAUGAGUUCACUGCAGAGGGAACAGUGACAAACUACACCUUUUAUCAAUACAAAUCUGGUUACAUUCAUCACUGCCUCCUUAGCGACCUCAAGUAUGAUACCAAGUAUUAUUACAAGGUUGGGAGUGGUGAUUCUGCUCGUGGAUUCUCGUUUCAGACACCCCCAAAGAUUGAUCCAGAUGCUCCUUACAAAUUUGGAAUAAUUGGUGAUUUGGGCCAGACAUUCAAUUCUCUUUCUACUCUUAAGCAUUACAUGAAGAGUGAAGGGCAGACAGUAUUGUUUGUUGGAGAUCUCUCUUAUGCUGAUAGAUAUCAAUUUAAUGACGUUGGUCUUAGAUGGGAUACAUGGGGUCGAUUUGCGGAGCAAAGUGCAGCAUAUCAACCUUGGAUUUGGUCUGCUGGGAAUCAUGAAAUAGAGUACAUGCCUUACAUGGAUGAAGUUGUUCCUUUCAAAUCCUAUCUCCAUCGAUAUCCUACACCUUAUUUGGCAUCCAAGAGCAGCAGUCCUCUUUGGUAUGCAAUCAGACGGGCAUCUGCUCAUAUAAUAGUAUUAUCUGCCUACUCUCCAUUUGUGAAGUACACGCCUCAAUGGCACUGGCUCCGUGAAGAAUUGGAGAGGGUUGAUCGGGAGAAGACCCCUUGGCUAAUUGUGCUUGUGCAUGUUCCAAUCUACCAUAGUAAUGAAGCACAUUUUCGGGAGGGUGAAAGCAUGCAGUCAGUAUUUGAAAGUUGGUUCGUUCAGUACAGAGUUGACGCUGUCUUUGCUGGCCAUGUUCAUGCUUAUGAACGAUCAUAUCGCAUCUCCAGCCUAAAAUUCAAUGCAAGCGGUGAUCAUCACACUGUACCAGACAAAUCAGCCCCUGUUUACAUUACAGUUGGAGACGGCGGUAACCAGGAAGGUCUUGCUGGAAGGUUUCGAGAUCCACAACCAGACUACUCAGCAUUUCGAGAAGCCAGCUACGGACAUUCAACUUUGGAAAUCAAAAACAGGACUCAUGCAUUCUACCAUUGGAACCGAAAUGAUGAUGGGAAGAAAGUGGCAACAGAUGCAUUCGUACUACGCAAUCAAUACUGGGCACAUAACCGUCGAAGGAGAAAGCUGGAGAAACAUAUCCAGAUGGUGAUUAGCCAGAACAAGAGCUAUUAAUAAUAUUAGCCGCACGUAAGGUACAAAAAAUCUUGAAACCGUUUGCCUGGAGUUGCCUCAGGAAGUGAACUUGUUUUGAAUAAGCAACUGUUUUGCAGAGACGGUUGGCUUUGGCUUUCCAAAUGGGUUCAUUAGAUUGGUAAUGUAUAGUGUUUGAAUGGAUUAUGGAUAUCAAUCAGUUUAUUAUUGCAUUAGCCUUUGCCUUUGCCUUUGCCUGCACUUUUUAUGUAUGUUUCUUUUAGCAGGCCAGCUUUUGAAUUGAACAAUCCACGCCCAGUGGCUAAUGGCUAUUAUUAAUAAUCAUCCUAUGCUAACUUGGCAAUGUUUUACCUUUAA